AAUCAGACCUGGUGGCUCUCACAAGCAAUACAGAACACGGAGCCGAAUGUUAAGUUGCAGCAGCAGGUCUCUCUUGCUCUUCAGAGUAGACCGUGUACUGAAAUUUACAACCACUUAUGUGAAACCAAGUCCGAUUGAUUACCUUCAGGGACGCUGUUUUUACUAUAAUUUGAGCUGUAAUUGGAAGAUGGGUGGGGCAAAAGAAAAGCCAGGUGCUGUGUACACAAUCAAAAAGCAAAAAACCAAUAAUCUUGUAUGGAGACCCGUGAGUAGUCAAGCCAGUUUUGGUGAAGAAUGUUCAGUAAAGGAAGUGACAGUUGGGUCGGAAGAUGUAAGUCAAAUUCAAGAAUUGACAGUUGAUUCAGAAGAUGCAAGUCAAAUUCAAGAAGUGCAGUGCAGCACAUCAAGCAAUGUUACAGAUGCUCAACAUGUCAUGAAGGUUGAAGCAGUGACUGAAGUAACUGACUCAACACUCAGUUCUCAUACAUUGCAGGAUAAUGUCGAGGAUAGAGCAGUGGAAGGACAGUCAGACCUUUCAGCUGAAAAGCAUUCACUUUCGCUUGAGAUUGGUGCUUCUGUAAUUCGAUUCGUCAAGGGAAGAGAGGGAUCCAUGCAGAAAAAAAUUGAAGAGGAGAUGGGAGUUAAGAUUAUCAUCCCAUCAUCAAGGAAGGAGGAUUCAAUUAUCAUCGAAGGCAUUUCAUUGGAUAGUGUAAAUAAAGCUUCAGAAAGGAUAAAAUCUAUAAUCGAUGAGGCAGUUAAAGGCCCAAGUCUGGAUUACUCACACUUUAUAUCUCUUCCAUUAGCUAUACAUACAGAAUUGGUUGAUAAGCUUGUUAAUUUUCAAAACUGUAUCCUGGGAGUUGGUGAUUCCCCCCUAGAAGAGAAUGCAGAUAGUGAUUCAAACGAAGAUGCCUCUGACAAUGAAGACAAGGACCGACAGUUAGAUAAAACUCCUAAUGUAGCUGUUGAACUUAAAGUUGGAGAUGGCACUGAGCAUGUUAAAGUGGAUGUAAAGAGCAUAGACCAAAAAUCUAAUGUUGCAGUUGAACUUAAAGUUGGAGAUGACAAUGAGCAUGUUAAAGUGGAUGUAAAGAGCAUACCUCUUGUUAGUUAUGUACCCAAAGCAUCAAAGUCUUCCUCUGUAUCUGAUUUGGGAAUCGACAAGUCCAUGUUUAUUAAACCUAAAACCUUUCACUUAACUGUGCUGAUGUUGAAAUUGUGGAACAAGGACCGAGUUAAUGCAGCUGUUGAGGUUUUGAAGAGUAUUUCCUCGAAAGUGAUGGAUGCCUUGGAUAAUCGACCCAUCUUUAUAAGACUAAAGGGGCUGGAAUUAAUGAGAGGUUCUUUGGCCAAAGCUCGUGUACUCUAUGCUCCAGUAGAAGAAAUUGGUGAUGAUGGUCGACUUCUCCGUGCAUGUCAAGUCAUUAUUGAUGCAUUUAAUGAAGCUGGACUUGUGCUUGAGAAAGAUGCUACACAGAAGUUGAAGUUGCAUGCCACUGUGAUGAAUGCAAGGCAUCGGAAAAGCAAGAGUAGGACAAGAAAGCUUGAUUCGUUUGAUGCACGAGGCAUUUUCAAGCAAUAUGGAUCUGAGGAAUGGGGAGAGUAUAUUAUCCCCGAAGCUCAUCUUUCACAGAGAUUUGUAUUUGAUGAAAGUGGCUAUUAUCAUUGCUGUGCUUCAAUACCUUUUCCUGAAAACACGAAAGGAGACUGAUCCAUUUAAGUUGAAGAUUAACAACUUAGUUCCCUUUGAGUAGAAAACACAGGCCACUUGUGUUAUAUAAGGUCGUUCUCUUGUGAUGAAGCCUACUAGCGUAUUUUCGGCUUUUGCUUCCAAAUUUCUAAUUUUUCCCUCUUUUUUAGGUUCCCCAAAUAAGAUUUGCUGCUAUAAGUUC